ACAGCGGAAGAGGAAGCGGCACGUGUGGUGUUCUACGGUGGCCGAGGCAUUGCUGCUGUUCCCUCAACCCUGAAUCCCGAAGCACCCCGGCAAGGUGGGGCGACGGUGGUUUCUGUAGUCGGAGACCCGAGAAGGGCGCCCGGGAAGCCGGCACCAUGGUGAAGGAGCAGUUCCGCGAGACGGAUGUAGCUAAGAAAAUAAGCCAUAUCUGUUUUGGAAUGAAGUCCCCUGAGGAGAUGCGCCAGCAGGCACAUAUCCAAGUUGUCAGUAAGAACCUGUACAGCCAAGACAACAACCAUGCUCCCUUGUUGUAUGGAGUGCUUGACCACAGGAUGGGUACAAGUGAAAAGGACCGCCCUUGUGAAACCUGUGGGAAAAACUUGGCAGACUGUCUAGGCCACUAUGGGUACAUUGAUCUAGAGCUGCCAUGCUUUCACGUGGGUUACUUCAGAGCUGUCAUUGGCAUCUUACAGAUGAUCUGCAAAACCUGCUGCCACAUUAUGCUGUCCCAAGAGGAGAAGCAGCAGUUUCUAGAUUUCCUGAAGAGGCCUGGCCUGACCUACCUGCAGAAGCGGGGCCUGAAGAAGAAGAUCUCAGAUAAGUGCCGGAAGAAAAGCACUUGUCACUACUGUGGUGCCUUUAACGGUACUGUAAAGAAAUGUGGUUUGCUGAAGAUAAUUCAUGAAAAAUACAAGACCAACAAAAAAGUCGUGGAUCCUGUUGUAUCAAAUUUCCUACAAUCCUUUGAGACGGCUAUUGAGCAUAACAAAGAGGUUGAACCACUGCUGGGAAGGGCUCAGGAGAACUUGAAUCCUUUAGUAGUUCUGAAUUUGUUUAAGCGCAUUCCGGCGGAAGAUGUCCCUUUACUUUUGAUGAACCCAGAAGCUGGAAAGCCCUCUGAUUUGAUUCUCACCCGACUUUUGGUGCCUCCCUUGUGUAUCAGACCCUCUGUUGUGAGUGAUUUGAAGUCUGGAACCAAUGAAGAUGAUCUGACAAUGAAACUGACCGAGAUCAUUUUCUUAAAUGAUGUUAUUAAAAAGCACCGGAUCUCGGGUGCCAAGACGCAGAUGAUCAUGGAGGACUGGGACUUCCUGCAGCUUCAGUGUGCCCUUUACAUCAACAGUGAGCUCUCUGGCAUCCCCCUCAACAUGGCACCCAAGAAGUGGACUCGAGGCUUUGUCCAGCGCCUGAAGGGGAAGCAGGGUCGAUUCAGAGGUAAUCUAUCAGGGAAGAGGGUGGAUUUUUCUGGCCGAACAGUCAUCUCACCUGACCCCAACCUGCGGAUUGAUGAAGUAGCUGUGCCAGUUCAUGUGGCAAAAAUUCUAACUUUCCCUGAGAAGGUGAACAAAGCAAACAUCAAUUUUUUGAGGAAACUGGUUCGAAAUGGCCCUGAUGUUCACCCAGGAGCCAAUUUCAUCCAGCAGAGACACAUGCAGAUGAAAAGGUUCCUGAAGUACGGAAACCGGGAAAAGAUGGCUCAGGAGCUCAAGUUUGGGGACAUCGUAGAGAGACACCUGAUAGACGGAGACGUGGUGUUGUUCAACCGGCAGCCCUCAUUGCACAAACUGAGCAUCAUGGCCCAUCUGGCCAGAGUCAAGCCCCACCGGACCUUCAGAUUCAAUGAAUGUGUCUGCACCCCAUACAACGCAGACUUUGAUGGGGAUGAAAUGAACCUUCAUCUUCCCCAGACGGAGGAGGCCAAAGCAGAGGCACUCGUUCUCAUGGGGACCAAAGCAAACCUUGUAACCCCAAGAAAUGGGGAGCCACUCAUUGCUGCCAUUCAGGACUUCCUAACAGGUGCCUACCUCCUUACCCUCAAGGACACUUUCUUUGAUCGAGCCAAGGCUUGCCAAAUCAUCGCUUCAAUACUGGUUGGCAAGGAUGAGAAAAUUAAAGUGCGCCUUCCGCCCCCGACUAUACUAAAGCCUGUCACCCUGUGGACUGGAAAGCAGAUUUUCAGCAUCAUCCUCAGACCCAGUGAUGACAGUCCAGUGAGGGCCAACCUCCGGACCAAGGGCAAGCAGUACUGUGGCAAGGGGGAAGACCUCUGCGUCAACGACUCCUAUGUCACAAUCCAGAACAGUGAACUGAUGAGUGGCAGCAUGGACAAAGGAACCCUGGGGUCGGGAUCCAAGAACAAUAUCUUCUACAUCUUACUACGAGACUGGGGGCAAAAUGAGGCUGCUGAUGCCAUGUCUCGGCUUGCCAGGCUGGCUCCUGUCUACCUAUCUAACCGUGGGUUCUCCAUCGGGAUUGGUGAUGUCACGCCUGGCCAGGGACUGCUAAAGGCCAAAUAUGAGCUACUAAAUGCUGGCUACAAGAAAUGUGAUGAAUACAUUGAAGCCCUGAACACAGGCAAGCUGCAGCAGCAACCAGGCUGCACAGCCGAGGAGACUCUAGAGGCCCUGAUCCUGAAGGAGCUGUCUGUGAUCAGGGACCACGCUGGCAGUGCCUGCCUCCGAGAGCUGGAUAAGAGCAACAGCCCCCUUACCAUGGCCCUAUGUGGCUCCAAAGGUUCCUUCAUUAACAUAUCACAGAUGAUCGCAUGUGUGGGACAGCAAGCCAUCAGUGGCUCCCGGGUACCAGAUGGCUUUGAAAACAGAUCUUUGCCUCACUUUGAGAAGCAUUCAAAGCUUCCUGCUGCCAAAGAAUUUGUGGCCAACAGCUUUUAUUCUGGCUUAACGCCUACUGAGUUUUUCUUUCACACAAUGGCUGGUCGAGAGGGUCUUGUUGACACUGCUGUAAAGACUGCUGAAACAGGAUACAUGCAGAGAAGGCUGGUCAAAUCCCUGGAAGACCUCUGCUCACAGUAUGACCUGACAGUGCGGAGCUCCACUGGUGACAUCAUCCAGUUCAUCUACGGAGGAGAUGGCUUAGAUCCUGCCGCCAUGGAGGGCAAAGAUGAGCCUCUGGAGUUUAAAAGGGUUCUGGACAACAUCAAAGCAGUAUAUCCAUGUCAGAGUGAACCUGCUCUCAGUAAGAACGAGCUCACCUUGACCACUGAGGCCAUCAUGAAGAAGAACGAGUUCCUUUGCUGUCAAGACAGCUUCCUGCAGGAAAUAAAAACAUUCAUUAAAGGGGUGUCUGAGAAGAUCAAGAAAACCAGAGAUAAAUAUGGCAUCAAUGAUAAUGGCACAACAGAGCCUCGUGUGCUGUACCAAUUGGACCGUAUCACCCCCACCCAAAUAGAGAAGUUUCUGGAGACCUGCAGGGACAAGUACAUGAGGUGGAGAAAACUCUGGGCAUUGAGGCUGCCCGAACAACCAUCAUUAACGAGAUCCAGUACACGAUGUUCAACCAUGGCAUGAGCAUCAACAGGAGGCAUGUGAUGCUGCUCUCUGACCUGAUGACUUACAAGGGUGAAGUCCUGGGUAUUACCAGGUUUGGCCUGGCCAAGAUGAAAGAGAGUGUGUUGAUGCUGGCCUCCUUUGAGAAAACAGCUGACCAUCUCUUUGAUGCUGCCUACUUUGGGCAGAAAGACUCUGUAUGCG